CAUUAACAUGUUUCAUAUAUACACUAAAUUGUGUACGCCGUAGAGAGCAGAGUAUUUGCUCUAAAAAAUCAGUUUUUAAUCUAUUGUUAAAAUUACUAUAAAAAAUUCUAAAAUAAACUAAACAACAUAAUAAGUAAAUAUAAACUUUUAUCAGAUGCAACAAUUGUCAGCGAUAGCUUCAAUUUAAUUCAAGUCAAUGUGUAAUGCGUCGUCAUUCAGUCAGUCCUUAUCGAUUUUCCCCACUUGAAAAGAACUAGGACUCGGUCAAUUGGUGAAUCAAUACAGAGCGAUACAAACAAAGACAACAACAAAGAGACUUCCUCUCUUUAAUGAGAAAUGAAAUCGUUGGCAAAGGAAAAAACAAUUUCUGAGGAGGAAAUUAAAUCGCUGAGCAAAAAUAAUACAAACAAUAAUCAUCAUGUAGUGCCCUUGGGCAUUCUCAUAGUACUUUGUACUAUCUAUCUAACGGCGGCCGGAUUGCAACGCAACUAUAUAUACUAUGUAAAAACAGGCGUGGCUGCCUCUAAUCUGCCACCCUCAACAGAAAAUGAGAGCCAACUGGAAUCUCAAGACAAACCAACCUGUCCAAAGUUACAAAUUUUUCAAAAAGACAUAUCCAAACCGUAUAAUGGUGACAAUCUAAAGACAUCAGCCAAGACAUUUUCGCCGCUUAAAAGUCUGAAACGUAAUAAGAACUCAAAAAAUGGCAAACAUUUGGAAACUAAAAAAAAGGAUUCCACAAAGAAAUCGAAUACAGCGGAACCAAUUAUUUAUCUCUUUGCUUUGGUGUUUAUCUAUUUAUUGUUAAAGGCUGCUUCUGAUAUCAAUCAGCAUUAUAAAUCGCAGAAUAAAGGAGAUAAACGUUUGAGGCGCUGCUCCCUACAAUCCUAUGCCCAGGCCCAUAAGCAAGAUCGGCGGGCCUCAAAAGUUCCGGAUGAUUCGCCUCUGCUGCAGCGUAGGCAAGCGAUUUUAAGAGAAGCCCGUUCCAUAUCCGUGGAUCGCUAUAAGUAUACAAUUGCAGCGGAAGUAGCCACAGGUCGACACCAGCCCAUGGUGCCAUUAUAUUGGCCCAUUGCUGCUCUAGCUGGAGGCGGUGGAGGAGGAGGAGGAGAUGCCCCAGCUACGCCUAUGAAUCGUCGGUCUUCGGUGCCCAUCAAUAUUAAUCCAUAUUCCGCCCAGCUGGUUAAGCGCGGAUCGGUUAUAAGUCUGUCAAGUUUGGCCCCCUUGCCACUUGGGCCAGACACAGCGAAUCCAACACUUCCCGACUCUUCCAAGCGUCGUGUACGCAUGAUAAAUCGUCAUUGAAAUGGCCAUUAAUACUUAACUUCCACAACGAAUUAAACGACUUAAGACUCGAGUCUCUCACUUAAUUAAGCAGUUUUUUAUAUAUAUAUAUAUUAUUCAUGUUCAAGUAAAAAAUACAUUUCUAUUUACGCCCUGGCAAUUAGUUUUAAGACACAAUUUAUACACAAAUCUCUCAAGUUUCAUUCUGUUUUUUUUUUUUCUUUUUUGUUUAUAAAAAUUGCACCAAAUGAGCGAUUAUCCUACUUAAGGGCAAGAGAUUUAAAAACAA